AUGGAUCCAAUCACUGGAAUUGGUCUUGCAGCAAGCUUGGUAACGCUCGUCGGCCUUGCCACUCAAGGAUGCACGAAGCUACAUGAGCUACAAAUACGGUUCAAGAAUGCACCGAAGGAGUUGCACCAGCUCGUUACCGAUUCAGAAAUCCUCAAAAUCCUUCUAGGAGAAAUUGAGAAAACCAGCAGUGAUAUUGGAUCAGCUGCUCUAUCGCCAGAGCUGCGCUCGAUAUGGAGGAGCAACGAAUGUCAGAUGCGGAAAGAUCUUGCAAGAUUCAUGGAACUGAUCAAGAAACUGCAGCUCCAAGUAGAUGGAGGCUCAAGGAUUCGGCAACUGGGACGAAUGCGAUUUGCCGUAUCUGAUAAACAGAUAUUGAAAUGCCGCAUGGCUUUCAGAAGUCAUAUCGAGAUGUUGAAUUUUGUUCAGAGUCUCUUGACAUCACGCCAGAUCUCACAGGUCCAUACUGCUCUUGGUGUCACUGAACUGAGAAUAGUGGAAAUGUUAGACAGUGGACUUGGACUUAUUGAGGAGGAAGUCAGUGCUAUUCAACGAACGCUGUCAAAGCCACAGAUAUCAACAACCCUGGUUGAAAGAGAACUGCUAAGCGUCUUGACUCAUACUCACGGAACGUUCGAGGCGAAGACUGAAACUUACUUGAAUCUGAGACCGACCAGAAGAGGGCAUAAGUUGGUAUACUGGAAGUGGGCAAUGUACCAACUUCCCAUCGGUACAUUGACCACUGAAUUUUCUCACUCUGGGCCAAAAUCUGAGGAGCACGGUCCCAACGGAAAUCACGACUACAAAGUGACUUUCAAAUUUCAGCCUCCCGCUUGGAUCACCCAGGUCGUCUGUCAGAUAUCCUAUGUUUUGAAUGUUGAGAAUCUAGGUCACAAGUUGCCUUACUGGCAAAGGACUCAGUGUGGAGAUGCUAGCCUAAUUCCAAAGGAGCUAUUAAGCUACAUGAGAGAUGAUGAUUUUCUCGCCGCAGCUUCUUGUCUGUCUUCUAUGUCUUCUUGGGAUAUCCAGGAGCUGUGUUGGAGAGGCGCUUUCUAUGACAUCUUCGGCGACAUCACCUGGAGACUCAUUUCACAUUUCGAACUUAUGAACACUGGUCAACCCAACUCGCACCAAGAGCUGACAAUUGAUUUCAAUGAUUUUGAAAGACCAUCCAAGCUACGAUACCCCAAAAUCCAUAUUUCUUAUCGAGGAACGGUGUUGGUCACAAAAGAAAACUCGUCAAAGGCCCAUCAUCAGGCGUUCUGUAAGAUGUCAUCGACCUAUAGAGUUUUUGACCACACAUGGGACAAGAAUGAUUCGUUUGAUUCAACGCGACAGCUACUAGCUGAUUGUUCCGGAUCAGCCAUUGAACUACCUACCUUUUGUAAUUCCAUCUCUCAAAGAGGUGCGAAACGAUUCAAGCAGCAUAUUGCUCAGCAUCUCGAUCCUUUAUGCUGCUCAGAAAUAUCUGAAAUGGACCGAUGGUGGAUUGGCGCUCUGCUACACUCUGAGCCCAGCCUGAAGUCCUAUCUAUCGAGUCAUUUUGCAAGCUUUCGAUCGCCAGGAGCUUUCAUUACCCCGGAAUCGAGUCUUCCCGCCGGCCUCCUGUAUGAGAAUAUUGUACAUGAAGUGUUGGCUGCACCGGAACCCAAACAGCGCGCUUUCGUGAUGUUCUUGUGUGCGUUUGGAACGGACUCGAUGUUGGAUCCUUUCCUUACCAAGGCUAAUGAGGCACCAAAUAACUUUGCUAGCAGAGACUUCCUGCGUGUAGCAGUAAUCAGCCGGAAUGUGCAAACCUACGACUCUUUUUGUGACGUUAUGGAUGAAAAUGGACUGGCUAAAGAAGCUUUGGAUCUGGAACUGCUCAUGGAUUUUGUCAAUUGGGACUUCCUUGGAGAUGAUGACUGCUUUAUCGAUGAUUUGCUUCAAGGAAUCCCACCUACAUCCACCCAGAACGACAAUCCAUCCUCGCUUUUGUACCAGUAUGCCUUGACCCUCGGACAAGAGAGCUCUAGGUAUGCGAUGAAACGCCUUUUGCAGUGUGGACAUGCUUGCUACUGCCACCCACCAUAUGCCAGGGACCAUUUUCUUGGACCCGAGGUUCUGAAAAUCGCCAUGUCUUCCCUGAAGGAGAAAGAGAUAGAAGCGUUGGAAACACUACUCGAUCUAGGAGCAAGCGUGGACUUCGUUGAUCCCGACAGAUACAAGCCUAGUCUGACAGCACUCGAGGCUGUGAUCUAUCAGGGAAAUUCCGAUGCUUUGAGGGUAAUACUUAAUCGUAUAGAUUGUAUGAGCCAACCAGAAGUCUCAUUACUUGCUGCUCUCAAGCAAGCCGAGGAUUAUGUCACCCAAAAACAUCCACGGCCAGUCUCUAUUACGGUAUUGAAAACAGACCAAUCUCAACCAUGCUACCAGAUUAGCACGCAUUCUGUGCCUGCCAAAUCUGAUACUGGAUGCUGGCUCUCUAUUAUAAUUUCUGUGGCGAAGCUCAGCUACUUAUCCGAGGCGGAAUGUAUUUCCCGGAUAGAAGCUCUAGAGAGGAUCUGCGAUGGGGAUUCGCUUUCAGACUCGGACAAAGACUCAGACAGUGAGUUGGGCUCAGAUGCACAUUACGAAAGCAGCGACAGCAGUUCGGAUCAGAUUUCAGAUGAUGAUUCGUACACUGGGCAAGAUGUUCAAAUGUAUGAACAGCCACAAUUACAAGCAGAAACACCACUUGACAGCAAAACUGCCGGCCAAGCCCCUGAGCCAUAUACUGAUUUCGUGGUGGUAUAUGAGCCUGAGCUCAAGUCCAAAACAGAUAAACCGCUUGAGCGAUCGCACACCCGCACCCCUAGAAGGCAGAAAGGGGUAGUGCGGGGGAAUCCUCUCAAAGAAUGGAUCUCAGAUGUCGAGUUUUGGUUGCUGGAUAGGUAUAAUCGUGUUGCCGUGAUGAGUUUUCUUGACGUGGCUCUGGUUAUUUUUGGGGUAGUUGUGUUUGCACAGUUUCUAGUUGAACUUGCCCUGUGGAAUAUGGGCAAGGGGAUGCUGAGAAUAAUACGGUACAGGAGGGCGCUCAUACUGUUUGUCUUGUCGUUGACCGGUGCUUCGUUUUGUAGGUUCUUCUGGGUAUAA